AUGGCUAAAGGUGCCGAGAAUCUUAAUGAAGGCCUAAGAGGAUCCGCAGCUCUUGUUGAAAGCUCUUCUCUUAAUAUUAUUGUGCCGUUAGAAAGUACACUCGAGAUUGAAUCUACGCUACGCUCUCAUGAAGAGUGUUUUGACAAAGAAAACGUAUUCAUCUUGACAUCUGUACCACAACGACAAGUACUAUUUUUUGAUGAGACUCUUGACAUCUAUGUUCUUCUACAGACUCCCUAUUUUGAUGAAAAAACUCUUCGCUCUUACCUGACUAAAUUGGCCAUAAACGUGCAAGGUCAAAUAUCUAAUGCACCUGGAAAUACUAAUAUUCCUCCUGGACAGGAUAUAAUCUAUUCUGGAUCAGUACAAGAGAGUGAAGAUCCUUUCAUCGUUGUGCAGCUACCAGACGUCACUGAAGAGGAAACGGUUCAAGGGCAUGUAUUCAUUGUAUGGAAGAUAUCGGCUUCACUUAGUAGACCACGAUUUCGGCUUCAUAAUCCAUCGGUCACAUUUACCGCAAAAGCUAGUUUGAGGUCAGGGGAACACCCUUCUGCAUCACUGCUAGAGGAUAAAUAUCUCCCAAGCCAGGUUCCUUCCGCCAUAAAUAUCCUAGAAGCUUUUGGCAAUGAUCCAUCUAUUAGCGGAAUUAAACCUAGAUUAUCUGCACUAAGGAUAUCACAGACAGCAACAAUAGCUGGUGCGGGUAUCGACUCAACGAGAGUUUUUAGAAGUGGGUCGCACCAUCCCAUAAAGAUUUAUCCGGCCAUAAACCCAAAAGUUAAACAUUUCAGACCAAUCACCGCCUCUGCUCGUAGUGGAUUAAUAGCUUGUAUUGAUAUCGACAUGACCCCUUUCACCGAUUGCCAGGUGAUUCUGAGGCAGAUCAAGCUUGAUCUUCGUGGAGGACAAGUGGAGGAUUUGAAUGCCAAAUUUGGCAUAUCAUUACCAGUGACUUCACAUCCGCUUGAUAACUUCACACUUAUGUACUACCUAGAACCAGAUGAGUUGGAUACAAAAUCCCCCGUACGAGAUCUAGUAAUCUCUAUGUUUGCAACGGUAGAUCUUUCCAACGCAUGCCAGCCAAAAAUCUCAAUGCACUGGACUACACUUAUAUCUUUUGCACCACCUGUAAAUCCUGGCUUUGGGGCGCCCACGUCAUCAAUUAAGCGCUCACACAAGCCAGCACAACUUUCUAUAGACUCUACUUCAGCUGAUCGCAACGUAAAGAGCACCAUAUUUGCACCUGACCGCUCAGAUCUUCAAAAAGAUCCCAGCAAUAUAGGGAAUCAACGGAAAUCCUCCAUAGCUGACUUUGGCAUAACCCUAACAAUCUACAGUCCUCCAUCUACUUCACCCAUAUAUCUUGGCGCUCCAUUCUCAUGGACUGUACUUAUUGUUAACAGGUCAGAAAAGCCACGUAGGCUUGCUCUAAUAGUAAACCCUAAGGACCAUCUUUUGGACGCGAUUUCUCAACAAAAUAUUAUUGGAAAAUACAACGAUUUAGAGUUAAGGGUCGCCGAUAAUCACACAAGAAAUGUAUCUUACAAGCUUUCAAAUGAUAUAAUAGACGAAAAAUUGACAUAUUCUGCAAAAAAUAAAUAUGUCGAUGCACCUGCUAAAAUCAUCUGCUUAAAUACCGACCGUAAGAUUGGUGUCCUAGUGCCCAUGGCGUGCCAUGAAGUGGAGCUUCGAUUUAUGGCCUUAAAUUAUGGAAUCCUUAGCGUAGAGGCUAUUCGACUUCUGGACCUUGACACACAUGAGUACGUCGAUAUUAGGGAUUUACCCAUAAUAAUUGUAUCACCACAAAUGAACUCAUAA